AUGUCGAUGAAUAGAAGAGAGGCCGAUCUACCGGCGGACCACCCAGAUUCAAAUUUUCACCGCUCAUUUAAUGUAACAACGUCGUCUUCAUCAUCAUCUGCUCCCUCCAACUUCCUCCGCGACUUACAAGCCGCCUAUAAGCGUCAACCUUUAGGUAUGAUGGCACAGCUGAAGCCAAGACGUUCAGUGGUUCGAGGGGAAACAGGAAAGAGCUCAGAUCCAGCAGUUGACUCCAAAAUGAGAGCUGAGUCUCCUUAUCUUCAUCUAAGUAAAAAAGUGCAAGAUUACAUUUUACAAACAAAGAAUAUGCCAUCUUCUAGUCCUUUUAAUCAUGAGGAUGCUUCAAUCACGCCACCUUCCGUAUCAGAUAAAACCAAUGAUGAAGGAAAUCCAAUAUCAAUAGAGGCUGAGAGAAGUCAACCUAGUUUUGGUACUAGUUGUACAAGCAACAACACAGCUUGUUCCUCAGUCAUGGAACGUGACAAUGGCCCAAAGAAGGUUCAGUUUGCAUUGCAAAAGAAUACAAGGUUUCAUGAUUCACCUGCAUUGACAGAAAUGGAAAGCAAUGGAAGUAAUCAGUUGGAUGUCUCAGCAGCUGCUCACCAGAGUUUUCAAAACAUGGAUGUUGAUCUUUGUUACAAAACUAAUGAUGAUCAGAAUCAGAUUAACCCUUUCAGAAACUUCCUACAAAGGGACUUUGGUCAUAACAUGACCCAAUCAUCAGUUGUUGACUCAUCUUGUGCUACCACAACACUCGUGAAUUCACAAAAUGCUCCCAUGCUUAACUCAACUACCAACUGUUCCCACCCUCAACAAAAUAGCAUUCAGACUGGUGAAUAUUCUCAUGUACAAAAUCAACCCUUGCCUUCUGAUCAUCUUGGUUCCUUAGUUCCCUCUGCUUCUGUGGGCUCAAAUCUUGAAAAGAAGCAUGAGUUUUCUAAGGAUCAACAAGGAAAAGAAGAAGGGUAUUCUGGUAUGACUAAAGACCCUCCUCUCCCUGCUGAGAUAUCAACAAAAGGAAACACAUUUGCUGCUGAUAUUACUGAUAUACAAUCUGAAGCUCCCAUAUCAGACGACCAUUUUUCUAAUGUGAAAACAGAAGCUUCCAAAUCUGAAAAGAAGGAAAAAAGUAGUCGUAAGAGAAAUUAUGAUCCAGACUUGUUUUUCAAGGUCAAUGGGAAGCUGUAUCAAAGGCUUGGAAAGAUAGGUAGUGGAGGAAGUAGUGAGGUCCACAAAGUCAUUUCUCAAGACUGCACAAUUUAUGCCUUGAAAAAGAUAAAGCUUAAAGGGCGUGACUAUGCCACUGCAUAUGGAUUUUGUCAGGAGAUUGAAUAUUUAAACAAACUCAAGGGAAGGGACCACAUUAUUCAACUGAUUGAUUACGAGGUGACAGAUAAGGCUUUGAUGAAGGAAGUGAUGAGUGGGUCUGUGAGUAACAAGAAUGGGAAAGUGAAGGAGGAUGGGCAUAUUUACAUGGUGCUUGAAUAUGGUGAAAUUGAUUUGGCUCACAUGUUAUCCCAUAAGUGGAAGGAGCUUGAUAACUCCAAAUCCAACUCAACCAUAGAUGAGAACUGGCUCCGUUUUUACUGGCAGCAAAUGCUUUUGGCUGUGAAAACGAUACAUGAAGAACGUAUAGUGCACUCGGACUUGAAGCCAGCUAAUUUUCUCCUUGUGAGAGGCUCCCUGAAGCUAAUUGAUUUUGGUAUUGCAAAAGCCAUCAUGAGCGAUACAACAAAUAUUCAACGAGAUUCUCAGGUGGGUACGUUGAGUUACAUGUCUCCAGAGGCAUUCAUGUGCAAUGAGACAGAUGCACAAGGCAACAUAAUAAAAUGUGGGCGUCCAUCCGAUAUCUGGUCCCUUGGUUGUAUCCUUUACCAAAUGGUCUACGGGAGAACACCCUUUUCAGAUUACAAAACUUUCUGGGCCAAAUUCAAAGUCGUCACAGAUCCACACCACAAUAUCCAAUACCAACCCGUAUCAAACCCAUGCCUUCUCGAUCUCAUGAAGAAAUGUCUCGCAUGGGAUCGAAACCAGAGAUGGAGGAUCCCCCAACUUCUUCAACACCCGUUCCUCGUUCCUCCACUUGAACAAGAACAAGAUAAUACAAAUAAUUGUAAAUUUAUUCGCUUGGUUUCUGAAUCUUGUGUAAAUAAUCCGAAAGCGUUGAUGAUAUGUGGUCGAAUUGAGGAACUUAUAAGAGACCCGUUACGGGAUGCAACAACAACAACCGAGGAGUCGAGAUGUAUAUCAGGAUUGUUAUAUUUACAACAGUUUCAACAUUUUGGUUAUGGAGGUCGGAGGUUCGAUCCCUUUCCAUAUCCCAUGUAUAUCUAUACGGGUCAUAAAAACCGGGUUUGGGGUACCCAACCAUCCUACCCUACACAACCGUCGGAAGCUUCCCUGCUAGCCUCCGACUUCAUCGCCGCCUACUCCUGUCGGGCCUCCGACAACGCUGUUCCGUUCCGCCUUCGUCAUCUCCAUCCUCGCCUCCUCCCACUUAUCUGGGGGGGCAAGUGUUGUGAGAGUGUGAUUGAGAUGGCAAGAAAUGGUGAACUAUUUGGGGAUUUGAUGAUUCCACAGAUAUAA